AUGCUGUAAACACAUAAAGGGCUUGUGGCGUGUGGCGUGCAGCCUGUCAAAUUAGAAUACACGUAAAGCACAUGCGCCGAACACAAUCCACAACACAAGCCAGGGUUGUCGUGCGAUUGCACACCAAGCUGUAGACGGACAAUUUCUAUUUUCUAAUUUGACAGGCGUGCGAAGAGAAAAUGAGAGAAUAUUUGCUCUCUGUUGACAUUUCGCUCAUAAAUUCAAAUCAAACGGCUUUUGAUUUAUUGUUCAAACGUUUCCAAAUAUAUUUAUUUUAUUUAUUUAAAACAAUGGAUUUCGAUGAAAUUUUAAUUAGCGAAGUGCAAAAAUAUCCAUUUUUGUACAACCUUAAUGAUGAGGGGUAUAAAAAUGCUCUGAAAAAGGAGGAAGUGUGGUUGCAGAUAAGCGAAGUAUUGGGCCAAGAAGCUAAUGUAUGUAAAAAGCGCUGGAAAGGUUUGCGCGACCAUUAUUCGCGGUGCAAACGGGCCGAGACUUUGCCAUCAGGAAGCUCCGCUAGCAAGAGGACGAGAUGGAGGUUCUAUGACCAAAUGUCACUUUUGGACAACUUCCAGUACUGCCGGAGAACGUGGAGCAAUGUUUCCGAAGUGGAGGAAAGUGUUAUUGAAGUGCAGGGAGAAGAAGACGAAGUACACACAGCAACACCACGCCAAUCGCGACGCAAACACGACAUGAUUGAUGACGACUUUCGUUUUUUCCUAGAGGAAACUUCAAGUUCCCUGAAGGAAACGUGCGACACAUUUGCUGCUGCUGCAAAUAGCAUUACAAUCGCAAAUGCUAAUAAUGUGCCAAAUGCUUCCGCGAGUAUGUUUCAAGGGAUUGCUCAAAUCAUUACGGCACACAAGUUUAACCCGCAGGAAGAAGCGACGUUGGUGGGAAAAAUUACCACAUAUGCUUUGAACGAAAUAGCAAAAAUGCGAAAGGAAAAUUAAAUUUAUUACAUCGAAAUCAUAUAUAAUUAGUGAACUAUUAAUUACAAGCACAGCAUCAUCAACGGUGAUUGCAAGAACUACUGCAAUCCCUGCGGUUUUUCCUCUUGGCAGAUGCGUUCUGGUCGUGACCAAGGGUGGUCUCCCAAAUCAGCCGGGAAUAAGGUUAGUCAUUUUCAAUUUUAUAUCUUUGUUCGUCAACAUUAUAGGACAUGUCAUCAUUGCAGGCUAUUGUUGCAGAACAAAACGCCUCAACCACUUCUGUGGUAAAUAUGUACCAACAGUACUGCCCACCGCCGUCAGUGCAAUGAUUUCGAUAGCUGAACAAACGCCAUCUCCUGGGCAUUCCCACAGCUUGCCGACACCAGCUAUUAUAUCACGUGUGAAUGCAACUGCGGCUAAAUUUGGUUAUUAGUGCCAUGUCAUUGGCAAAAACACUAAGGGCUGCUGGCUGCUUGUAAAGUUUUUGGAAUCGAUGAACUUACUCGAAGAAGACGAUGGCCGCAAACAUAUGAUGAAACAUCUUCUGGCAUGCCUUUGACAAUCGUUAAGUAAGACGGAGGCUUCACAUACGAUAUUUCACACAUGGCUGGAAUUCGUUAGCGGACAGAGCACACAUUUACAAAAUAUUUAUCGUUCUGCAGAACGUGCAUGCAUAUUCAAUUCCGAUUUUAUGUGUCGAUUACGGAGGACAACCGAACUUCAGUUGGUUGGCCAGUGGCUGAA